UAUAUAAGAUAUCCGGUUUUGAUAACUAUCAAAUUGCGUGCGUGCCUCGACUCACGUAAUCGAAAAUCUCCUUUCGACCCCGAAGGAAUUAUCAAACUGGAGUACUUUGGACACACUUCCUACAUUGUUAACAAACACCAUGCAAUGGUAUUUUGUGAAUUUUUAUACAAAACAUAAAUUUUUGGAACAAACUAGUUAUCUUCAGGAAGUGAAGUAUCGACAAUAAGAAGCAGGAAGAGGCGAGGAUUUUCUUUUUUAAAACAAUCUCUUCAACAUGUCUUCAUUAAAUGAAGUCUCAAUUUCUGUUGAGGGAAUGACUUGUCAUUCCUGUGUAAAUACAAUAGAAGAAAAUCUGUCUUCUAAACUAGGAGUGAAGAAAGUCAAGGUUUCUUUAGAAAAUAAGCAAGCAGAUGUAACAGUUGAUAGCAGUGUCAUUACCAGUGCUGAAUUGAUUAGUGCUAUUGAAGAUAUGGGUUUUAUAGCAAGAUUGUCAAACAAUUCUUCCAAUAUUAGAAAAGUAACCAUUCAGGUGGAAGGUAUGACGUGUAAUUCUUGUGUUAAAAACAUUGAAGGAAAUAUAUCUCAGAUGGAAGGUGUUGAAAGAAUACAAGUUUCUCUCGCAGAAAAAUUAGCAACUGUUGUAUUUGAUUCGACGCUGACAAGUCCCGAAAUGCUAUGCUCAAAAAUUGAUGAGAUGGGUUUCGUUAGUAGUCUUCCGAUACAGAAAGAACUUCCGUACAACCAAGUAGUUACAAUUAUUAUAUAUAUAGAAGGUAUGACGUGUCAUUCUUGUGUUCGCAAUAUCGAAGAAAACGUAAAAACUAAAGCGGGUGUUCUGAACGUUAACGUGUCGCUCGAGAAAAAACUCGCCGCAAUUGAAUAUAAUCCUUCUGUCAUUAAUCCUGAAGAACUGAGGACCACAAUAGAUGAUAUGGGUUUUGAAGCUUCAUUAUCAAAACCAAAUUUACAAGCAGUAAAUAGUAAUGCCAUUCUGGCAAUAGAAGGAAUGACCUGCAUGUCUUGUGUAAAAAAUAUAGAAAGUAAUAUAUCAGUUAUUCCGGGUGUUAUUAAUAUUGAAGUAUCUCUUGCUGAACGUAAGGGACAUCUUCAGUACCAAUCAUCUGUGAUAUCUGCAGUGCAAGUUGCUGAUAAAAUAGAAGAUAUGGGAUUUAAAUGUCAUGUUAUAAAUGAUAGUGCUCAAAUUAAUGGUGUUCUUCCUAAUCAAGUUUUAAAGUUAAAAAGUAAAAAUCAUUCUCCGUCAAAAGAUAAAGUAGAUUUAGGAAUUUUGGUUGCAAGAGAUUCUCAUAAAUCAAAAUCUAUAAAUAUACCUGCAAUUAGCGGAAGCGAUGAUCUUGAAAAGUGUUACCUCAGAGUGACGGGUAUGACGUGCGCUUCGUGCGUCGCCGCUAUCGAAAGACACUUAAUGAAAGUUGAAGGAGUCCAUUGCGUGUUGGUGGCACUUAUGGCGCAGAAGGCAGAAGUAAAAUUCGAUCCUGCAUACGUAAUGCCCUCUCAGCUUGCAAAUAUUGUCAGUGACUUAGGCUAUCCUUCGACCGUUUUGGAUGACGUUUCCUCGCAAUAUGGAGAAGUGGAAUUAUUAAUUAGGGGUAUGACUUGUGCUUCGUGCGUCCACAGUAUUGAAUCUAAUAUUUUGAAGCUACAGGGUGUGGUGUCGGCAGUCGUUGCACUUUCUACAAACAGGGGUCAUUUUAAAUUUGACCCCGAAGUUACUGGUCCAAGAGAUAUCAUUGAAGCCAUUAGAGGACUGGGAUUUGAUGCUUCGCCAAUGACGGAUUGUACUCGAGACGCAAGCUAUUUGUCACAAAAAGAGGAAGUUAAAAAAUGGAGAAAUUCUUUCUUCUUUUCUUUGGUAUUCUGUAUACCUGCCAUGGCAGUUAUGAUGUAUUUCAUGGGAUUGAGAAUGACCAGAGGAAAAAUGGACAUGUGCUGUGUAGUACCCGGUCUGUCUGCUGAAAAUCUUUUUCUGUUUCUUCUUGCUACACCCGUGCAGUUUAUUGGUGGAAGAUAUUUUUACAUUCAGGCGUACCGUGCGCUGAGGCACAGAAUGGCAAAUAUGGACGUUCUUAUCAUGUUGGCAACAAAUAUUGCUUACUUCUACAGUAUUAGCGUGUUAAUAUAUUUUAUGGUUACUAAUUCGAGUUACAGCCCUAAAACAUUUUUUGAAACCCCACCCAUGCUCUUGGUAUUCAUUUCUCUUGGCAGGUGGUUGGAACACAUUGCAAAGGGAAAAACUUCAGAGGCAUUGGCAAAACUAAUGUCACUCCAGGCGACCGAGGCAACGCUUGUCAAAUUAAACGAUGUCGAACAGGUAGUCCACGAAACGCAGAUAGAUGUAGAAUUAAUACAGAGAGGAGAUAUUUUAAAGGUGGUGCCAGGUGCAAAGAUUCCCGUGGACGGUCGUGUGGUGUCGGGAACCUCCAUGGCCGACGAGUCUCUCAUCACUGGCGAGAGUCUUCCUGUCCCGAAACGCCCCGGCUCUCAGGUCAUAGGCGGCUCGAUCAAUCAGAACGGACUGCUACUGAUUUCAGCCACCCACAUUGGUAAAGACACCACUCUGGCUCAGAUUGUCAAACUGGUAGAAGAAGCUCAAACGUCAAAGGCUCCAAUACAACAUCUUGCAGACAAAAUAGCAGGCUAUUUUGUUCCAGGAGUCGUUUUCGUUUCAGUGCUGACGUUACUGGGUUGGAUAAUCGUCGGAUAUCACUACAUCGGAGUAAUAAAAUCGUAUCAUAUGACUCACAAAGACGGAAUGCCCGAGUCAGAAAUCAUCCUGCAGUUUGCAUUCCAGUGUGCCCUCACCGUCCUGUCCAUCGCCUGUCCGUGCUCUCUCGGACUGGCCACCCCCACCGCCGUCAUGGUUGGAACCGGAGUCGGAGCCCUGAACGGAAUCCUCAUCAAGGGAGCUGAACCUCUAGAAACUGCCCACCGGGUGAAGUGUGUCAUAUUUGACAAGACGGGAACAAUAACACGAGGAAUUCCUGUGAUGACGAGAAUAAACAUAUUCGUAGAAGAACGGGUAUGCUCUCUGGCCAAACUUCUAUCUCUCGUGGGUACUGCGGAAGCCAACAGUGAGCACCCCAUUGCAGUCGCAAUUACAAAAUUUGUCAAAGAGACUCUGAGGAUAGACGCUUUUGGAAAAUGCGAAGAGUUUUCUGCAGUGCCGGGUUGCGGCCUCCGGUGCAAGAUAUCAAACGUGGAGCACAUGCUGAAGGCUGCCGAGGAAGCUGAGUGCCUGGCCAAUGCAAAAAAUAACUCUAAGACAAGAGCCAAAAAUGCCUCUGGAGGAAUGAUCAUCGGAGACGUGGUGGUGGAGUGCGGAAGUGCCGACGGUCCCCGCCAGAACGCCGCAAAUCUGGCCAAUUCGCUCCUAGAAACCUUGGGAGAAACAAAAAAUGGCAACAAUGACAACAGAACGUAUCAAGUGUUGAUUGGUAACAGAGAAUGGAUGAACAGAAAUGGUUUAGACGUCAGUGAAGAAAUCAAUGCUGUCAUGACAGAUCAAGAGGAGAAAGGACAGACUGCUGUUCUGUGUGCCAUCGAUGGAGUUCUGAUAUGCAUGAUGGCAGUGGCAGACACGGUUAAACCAGAAGCUCACUUGGCGGUGUACACUUUAAAGAAAAUGGGAUUGGAUGUCAUUUUGCUGACCGGAGAUAAUAAAAAGACUGCCGCUGCCAUUGCGAGACAGGUCGGAAUCGGUAGGGUGUUUGCCGAAGUUCUACCGUCCCAUAAGGUCAUGAAAAUUCAACAGCUUCAGGAACGUGGUCUAAAAGUGGCAAUGAUAGGAGACGGAGUGAAUGACUCCCCGGCUCUGGCCCAGGCGGAUGUCGGAAUAGCCAUUGCCAACGGCACAGACGUGGCGGUGGAGGCUGCCGAUGUAGUACUAAUAAGGAACGAUUUAUUAGAUGUGGUGGGAGCGAUUGACCUCUCCAAUCGAACUGUCAGGAGGAUCAGAUUAAAUUUCCUUUUUGCCAGCGUGUAUAACUUGAUUGGAAUACCAGUCGCUGCCGGAGUGUUUUUACCAUGGGGAUUUGUUCUGAAACCCUGGAUGGGAUCAGCUGCCAUGGCUGCAUCUUCAGUCUCGGUAGUCUGUUCCUCCUUGCUUCUGAAACUAUAUAAGAAACCAUCGCGCAAACGCCUGGAAACGUCAGAAUAUCAAGAGGUCUUGAGGAAAACGGAACUCCACCUGUUGGAAAUGGACGACGUGUCUGUACAUAGAGGACUGGACGACAUCAAAAUGCCCGAACCCACAGGUUCUCUGAUAAGCGCCGGGCUGAGCCACAUAAUAAACCUGGUUCCGGGUGGGAAGACUACGGAGACGGAACAAAAACUGUUGAACGAUGACAACUUAGAAUUGUCUCAGAUGGUCUAAAACAAAAGGUUACUUCACAAAUUUAUACAUAGAUCUAUACAUUUGCGGGUGCUCGAACGAUAGAUUCAAAAUGUGUCUAUACAUAUAUCUACCUGUUAAGUAUUUUGCAUUUUUCUGCGUAAUGUGAUAUCUUACUUAAAAAUUGUUUGCUGUACUUAUUGUUUUUUGGUCAAAAUUUUAUAUUUUGAUUAGGAAGAAUACAGCAUGUUGUGAUGAUCAAAUCAAGAUACUUUGCUAUUAUUUAACAAAUACAGUACAACGUUUAUAUUAAAAUUAAGGCUAAACUGCUGGCCAGCCAUAUAUCUUUGUCAUUCGACAGAGAACAAGUCCAGAUAUAAUAAAAUGUUCUCUGUAUUAAAACAUUUGCUUGGCAGACAUCAAAAGGCCCAAUUUGCAAUCUGUAAUGAAAGCAGGCUGUAGAUUAAUUUUGCAAGUGUCAGCAUUCCUGGAUAUUUUUUAACAUUUUGUGUAAUUAUGAUAAAAUUAUCCCACGGGGAUAAUUUGAAGGCCAAAUCUAUUUAUGGUCAUUUAACGUCCUGGAGAUGUGACGUAGAUGUAUAACUGUGAAAUAUAUUUUCUGUAUACACUAA